AUACACCUUCUUUCUCUCUCGCGUCUUGGUGUUGCCCUGCUUCAUAGCCUUCGUUGCAGACCCAGACCAAACCAUCCAACCACCGCAUUCUCAUUCACCGAUUCUUUCUUCUCGCCAUGUACAGAGCAGCAGCUUCAUCUCUCAAGAGGGGUCUCAAGGGCCAUGGUGGCAACUUGGGAGCCACUAGGUUUGUGACCUCGGCCGCCGCAGCUACAAGGGCUUCCUCUGGUGGUUUGUUUAGCUGGCUUACUGGAGAGCGUUCUAGCUCUCUUCCUCCUCUGGACACACCACUUAGUGGUGUUGUUCUCCCUGAUCCACUGCCAGAUUUUGUUGAAGCAAGCAAGACCAGUAUCACAACUCUCCCCAAUGGACUCAAAAUAGCAUCGGAGACCUCGCCGAACCCUGCAGCCUCAAUUGGGUUAUAUAUUGAUUGUGGUUCCAUCUAUGAGACACCGUUGUCAAGUGGGGCUUCGCACUUGCUAGAGCGAAUGGCUUUCAAGAGCACAGCAAACCGUAGCCAUUUUCGUAUUGUACGGGAAGUAGAAGCAAUUGGUGGCAAUAUAGGGGCGUCAGCUUCUCGGGAGCAAAUGGGCUACACAUUUGAUGCUUUAAAGAGCUAUGUUCCAGAAAUGGUUGAAUUACUGAUUGACUCCAUAAGGAACCCAGCUUUCCUGGAUUGGGAGGUCAAUGAGGAGCUUCGAAAGGUGAAAGCAGAGCUUGUAGAACUCUCAAACAAUCCCCAAGGCUUGCUUUUGGAAGCAGUUCACUCUGCUGGUUAUUCUGGUGCAUUGGCUUAUCCUCUUUUGGCUCCUGAAUCUGCACUGAACAGAUUGGAUGGCUCCAUUUUAGAGGAAUUCGUUGCUAAAAAUUACACAGCACCUAGAAUGGUCCUUGCAGCAUCUGGAGUUGACCAUGAAGAACUUGUAUCUGUUGCUGAGCCACUUCUCUCUGAUCUGCCAAGUGUGCCCCGUCCUGAAGAACUAAAAUCUAUCUAUGUUGGGGGUGACUUUCGUCGUCAAGGUGAAUCAGGGGGUAGUACACAUGUUGCUAUUGCUUUUGAAGUGCCUGGCGGCUGGCAAAAAGAGAAAGAUGCUAUAGUUUUGACUGUUCUACAGAUGCUUAUGGGAGGAGGUGGGUCAUUCUCAGCAGGGGGGCCUGGGAAAGGAAUGCACUCAAGGCUAUAUCUUCGUGUGCUGAAUCUUCAUCAGGAGAUUCAAUCUUUUUCUGCUUUCAACAGUAUCUUCAACAAUACAGGACUGUUUGGCAUUUAUGCAAGCACUAGCCCUGAUUUUGUGCAAAAAACUCUGGAGAUAGCAGCUACAGAACUCUUAGAAAUUGCAUCGCCUGGGAAAGUUUCGCAGGAACAGCUUGAUCGUGCCAAAAAAUCCACGAAGUCUGCAGUUUUAAUGAAUCUGGAAUCUAGAAUGAUUGCAUCAGAGGAUAUAGGAAGGCAGAUUUUGACUUAUGGAGAAAGGAAGCCUGUGGAGCAGUUCUUGAAGGCUGUUGAUGCAAUCACUUUGAAUGAUAUCACUAAAAUCUCUCAGAAGAUUAUUUCCUCACCCUUGACUAUGGCAUCAUAUGGGGAUGUUGUUAAUGUGCCCAGUUAUGAAUCUGUGAACAGAAUAUUCCAUGCAAAAUGAAAAUUUUCAUAACAUUUUCUGGACCACACGUGCCUACGACAAAUUUUUAAGAGCAAUGUACCAUCUCGGCAGUGCUGGAAAUAAACCCCAGAGAAAUUUUGGUUUUGAUCUGAGGAGCCAUUGUUGAGGUUCCGUGUUUGUACCUCUUUUUUCUUUUAUAAUGAUUUGCCUAAUGUAUCAAGUGCAUGGUUGCAUGCUUAAUGAUCACGUAAAUCUUUUCAUUUUGUGAA